AUGAGCAAACCGUUGACUAUCGAGGAGAUUUUGGCUCAUCCGGCCUUCCCCACGGUCUUGGAGUUCCACACCCCAGAUCGUCAAGGGAAUGCACCAGUUGCGAUUGACAGGGCUGGCGGUCCGAUGGCAAUUGCGUAUGAAGUCCACGGGACGGGUCCCGUUCAUCUUGUGUGGAUAAUGGGGCUAAACGCUCCCAAAAUUGCGUGGUAUCGUCAAAUAAAAUAUUUUGGACAUAAACAUGGUGACAAAUACACAUCAUUGGUAUUUGAUAAUCGGGGUGUUGGCGACAGUGACAAACCACUUGUCAAAUACUCCACCAGUGAAAUGGCCAAAGAUGUUAUCGAUAUUUUGGACCACAUAGGCUGGACCAAGGCUCGCCAGCUCCAUGUGGUCGGUGUCUCCAUGGGAGGGAUGAUUUCCCAAGAAUUGGCGUAUCUUAUACCACAACGUAUCGCCUCUCUCACUCUCCAGAGCACAGCCUCAAGCCUAGUCUCCACACUUCCAUGGCUCACACAUAUUGCCCGCCGUAUCGAGAUGAUCCGACCUAAACCACUUGUUGAGCGUCUCGAAGCUGCUAAAGCGAAUAUCUUCUCGCCCGAAUGGCUCCUCGCACCCGACGAACUUGGUGAAUUCCCCACUAACGGUGACCGCUUCGUUGCCGAGGAUCUCUGGCGUAUGGAGAAGCUGCAGGCUCCUGUCUACGCAGGAACACUUCUUCAAGGGCUUGCUGUGAGCUGGCAUUACUUUGGCCCCGAACGACUGAAGGUGCUCGGCGAAAAAAUCCCCGAUAUAUUAGUGGCCACGGGAACCAAGGAUGCAUUAAUUGAGCAUAAACAUUCGGAUGUAAUUGUACAGGGUAUCAUGGGAGGCGUCCAGAAAAGGGUCUUUGAUGGUGUGGGACAUUGUCUGCAGUUUGAAGCAGUAAACGAGUAUCAUCAGAUGUUGGAAGAAUUUUGGAAGCGCGCGGUUGAGAGGCACCAGAAGGUAUCUGCAUGA